GAAAGUUGCGAUUUUCCGCGCGGUAUUCCAGAGUGUGUAUGUCUGUAUGAAGCGCUCCUGCAGUAGGUGGCUGUACGCGCACACUGAUCCGGCGCGCGCCGCUCUCCGCCGAGCGAACACGAGCUUCUUCACCGUCCUGUCAAUAAAACACUCCACGAGCAGCGCGAAACACUUCACAAACAGAUCUGAGUGUUUAUUUAAUCCACAUUCUCACUCAGUUAUUGAUUCGGAUUGUUGCCGGAGGGACACUUGGAGAGACUUUGUUCGCAUCGCGCUACCGGACACCUGCGCGUCCGCUUCACCUUGUGGCAGAAUGUUCCUCUGAUCCACAGACUCUUUUUCACGCGGAGUGGAUUUUUUGGGGCUCGAUCGUGCCGUGGGUUUAUGUGAUAUUUCUAAAAAUGCAUCAUCACCAUCAUCAUCACCAUCAUCAUCAUCAGAGAAUGGCCGCGUUAGGGACGGAUAAAGAACUGAGCGAUUUACUGGAUUUCAGCGCGAUGCGAAACAGCGAUUUGAAAAUGUUCCCCACAUCAAUGAUGUUUUCCCCUCCUGUCAGCAGCGGGAAGAACGGACCGACGUCUCUGGGAAGUGGACAUUUCUCGGGCUCAAAUCUGGAGGACAGAGCGAGUUCGUCGUGGGGAAAUGGAGUUCGUUCAACAAAAAAUUACGCUGACGGCUCUCAGUACGGUCACAUGCCCAGUCGGGACCUGGGGUCACAUGACAGCAUCUCUCCGCCGUACGUCAACUCCAGAUUAGCAGGUAAAACGGAGCGAGCGUCGUACUCUUACGGACGAGACUCCAGCAUUCACGGCUGUCAGUCGAGUCUCAUGGGAGGUGAAGUGGGGAUGGUCAGUCCGGAGACGGUGUCGCCCACCAAACUGGGCUCUCAGUAUUACCAGCAUUACGCAGGAAACCCGCGGCGGCGAGCCAUGCACAGCGACUCCAUGGAGGUCCAGACGAAGAAGGUUCGGAAAGUUCCUCCUGGAUUGCCCUCAUCAGUAUACGCCCCGUCUGCCAGCACUGCCGAUUAUAACCGGGACUCACCGGGUUACCCGUCCUCUAAAGCACCGGGCAGCAGCUUUACAAGUUCCUUCUUUAUGCCAGACGGUCAUCACAGUACAGACCCAUGGAGCUCAUCCGGCAGUAUGAACCAGCCCGGAUACAACAGCAUGCUGGGAAACUCCACACACAGCGCUCAGAGCAGCAGCUACUGCGGCCUUCACCCGCAUGAGAGACUCAGUUACCCGUCACACUCGUCUGCUGAGAUUAACCCCAGUCUUCCUCCCAUGUCCAGUUUCCAUCGGAGCGGCGGGACGAAUCACUACAGCGCGGCGUCCUGCUCCGCCACCACUAACGGAACAGACAGCGUCAUGGCCAAUCGAGCGUCGAGCGGAGCAGGAAGCAGCUCGCAGACGGGAGACGCGUUAGGAAAGGCUCUGGCUUCAAUCUAUUCCCCCGACCACACCAAUAACAGCUUCUCGUCCAACCCGUCCACUCCUGUGGGAUCACCUCCGUCGCUCACAGCUGCCAGUACGGCCGUCUGGUCCAGAAACGGUCAGGGAGCUUCGUCCCCCAGUUACGAGCCGCCGCUGCACUCGUUGCAAAGUCGUAUCGAGGACAGAUUGGAGCGUCUGGACGAUGCAAUCCACGUGUUGCGGAGUCAUGCGGUGGGUCCGUCCACGGCGAUGCCCGGAGGUCAUGCGGACAUGCACGGAUUGAUCACUCCAUCCCACUCGCACAACGGGGCCAUGGGUGGCCUGAGCGCCGGAUACAGCUCAGGACUGCUGCCGUCCAACAGACACUCGCUCAUGGUGGGCGGCCAUCGUGAGGACGGUGUGGGUUUGAGGAGCGGUCACCCCAUCGUGGCCAAUCAGGUGUCAGUGCCGCAGCUUCCUGUGCAGUCGGCCACUUCCCCCGACCUCAGCCAGCCCGAUCCGUACAGGGCUCUCUCCGGCGGCCUGCAGGGUCAGAGCACCUCGUCCGUGAGCUCAGAGAUCAAAUCUGAAGAUGAAGGAGACGAGAAUCUACAGGACAGCAAAUCUCUGGACGCCAAGAAGGACGACAUGGACAAGGAUCUGAAAGCUAUAGAGAGUAACAACGACGACGAGGACCUGACGCCGGAGCAGAAGCUGGAGCGGGAGAAGGAGCGGCGGAUGGCGAAUAACGCCCGGGAGCGUCUGCGCGUGCGGGACAUCAACGAGGCCUUCAAAGAGCUGGGCCGCAUGGUGCAGCUCCACCUGAAGAGCGACAAACCCCAGACCAAACUGCUCAUCCUGCACCAGGCCGUCGCCGUCAUCCUGAGCCUGGAGCAGCAGGUCCGAGAGCGGAAUCUGAAUCCAAAGGCGGCAUGUCUGAAGAGACGAGAAGAAGAGAAGGUGUCGUCGGACGGCCCUCCUCUCUCAUUGGCCGGUUCCCACCACGGCAUGGGCGAGGCGUCCAAUCCCAUGGGACAAAUGUCAAAGCUGCCAGAAUUCAUCAAAAUGAUGAGCGAUCACUUCCUUUGACAGAGUCAUUUCUGCCCUGAACGUCAGUCAAACAAUCAGUGAAUCAAUCAAACUUCCAUCUGACCGACCAACUUCUAUGUGUUCCUGUUCCCGACUGCGUCCCGCCAUCUGUGAGGAUAUAUAUACUGUAAAUGAGUCACGUGGGAUGGCUGUCCAUAUCUUCCUCCGAGCAUUCCCUGUUCAAAAAGAAGACGUUUUUAUGUACACACACACACACACACACACACAAGAUUUGAAAGGUGCAGACGGAGUAUUCUUCAAACAUAUCAUGAAGUUGUACAGACGUUUGGAGGUGUCGAGACCAGCCCUCUGAUUUCAAUGGCAAUCCUGUCCACACUGUGGAACUUUUGUAGCUGUGCCUCACGGAACUCCUCGUGGAAGAACAGAAUUCUGAAAUUCCGAAUCAGAAUCGGGACGAGAGGGGCUGUCAAUCAAACGCAUUCGACGGAAUUAGGCUGUAGAAUUUCACAAAACCGUUUGCAAUAAUGUUAUUUUAGUUCUUUUCGAGAAGCUGACAGGGACGUCAAACUGUUUUGAAACCAGCAGACCCCGACAGAGAAGGUUUAGAGGCCGUUCCUUCACCGGUUCGGGCGCAUUUUACGAACGCCUGACUGUCAGCGAACGCAGCUUUGCUCUUAAAGACCUCGCGGUCAUUUCAGAGGUUAAGAGCAGACGCGCUUUAUUAGCCGCAGCAGGUCAUUUCUCUCCGUUUUUUUGUUCGUUCUCUAGCCAUCUCCUCUCCUCGAGCCCUCCCGGACCCCGAAGAUGCAAUUUUAACAUGACUAAACUUCAACCAAUGUGCCUUUUAGAGCUCAUAUCAUCACACAACUGGAGGAGAACAUUAUCAGAACUUUCUAGGAUGCAAGCUUAGGAAAACGUUAGUCAUUAGGUCUAUGCAGUCAGGCAUUUUACGGCCUGGGAUUUAAAAAAAAAAAAGUAAAAAGGUAAAAAAAGUAUUUUUUUGGAUAAACUGUAUUUAAUGUACUGUAUGGCUAUAUGUAAUUAGAAGGUGUGUCCACCCCCUCGUGGCUCCACCCACAGCCCCGCCCACCUGUCACGUCGUUAUUGAGCAUUGUAUUAUAGAUAUCCGCUUUUAUGAAUACUGGCUUGUUGUUGAGCCGCUGUAGUCCUCAGUACAAAUGUGUGGUUGUACGUGUAAAAUGGCUUUUCUUCUUUUUUUAUCUCUCUAUUCUUUGUCUGUACUGGUUUCUCUGUCAAAAAAAGGAAAAAAUAUGAUUACGAAGCCGCAGGCGAUCUGUGAGGAUCGGCGGUGGUUUUAUCGACGCAAUCAACGGGAGGCACUGAAAGUGGACAAAAAAGUCUAUUAGAAAAUCGCUAUAUAUAAAUGUAGAAAUAUAUACAGUAUAUAAACAAAGGAGAGUCCGACGGAAAGGAGAGUUCACGAGGAUUGAUGUUUCUUUCUUUCUGGAGACGUCCGGUAUCCGCUCCGAGACACGUGACUCUGUUGUGAUAUUUUUCAAAAUGUCGGCGCGAUCCUAACGGCGCCUCCGCGGGACCGAAGUGUCGUCCGCUCCCGCUAAAGCUGCGGCCGGCAAGGGAAACACGGACAUUUGUAAAUUGUAUGCAACAAAUGCAAACUUACCAUUAUUUUGAAAUUGUGUAUGUAAAAGUUAUAUUUUUACAUGUAGGCUGUUGUUAUUUUGUGUUUAGAAAUGCGUUGUAUCAGUUUUUUUCUUUCUUUUUUUUUUUUUUUUUGGAAAAAAAUAAUUCAUUGUGUGUUGAAACGUGUCACAUUGAAAAUGUAGUGAGAACAAAAGAAAAAAAAAAAAGAUUAUGUUUAUAUUUCUGGGAACAUUUUUUCUUUUCUAAAGGUGGGUGGUGGGGGUCGGGAAUCAAAGCUAUAUGAUAAUUCUCUCAUCCUCUUUCAUCAUGACAUUGUCAUUUUUAAUUCAGUAUUUUCUGUGUAAAUAGAAGUCACGAGCAGGGUUGACGACGUUUGUUUACUGCCGUUCCCUGCCGUUGAUCAUGUGGCCUGGUCAAGACGUGAUUGAUUAGCGUUUAACGUGUGUCAACAAUCAGACCUUAAUUUCCGUUAUCACUUUUUGUAAAGAGACUUGUGACACAUCGCUGAAAGAAUCGACUCGACUCGACUUUGAAACGACGACUCGGAUGUGCUGCGCAUUUGCCACCGGCCCUCACGCUCAAAAAAUACUUGGGCCUAAAUUUAAGAUUGAUCUAUAUGAAUUGCAUAUAAAAUUUCCAUGCUGUUUUAACAAACAAAUAAACUUAAUGCAAUGCAUAUUUGUCUGUCAUACAUAAAUGAAACAAGUCAGAUUUCUGUAACAGUACUAAUAAAAUGAAUGUGUUUAUAUUUUUAUCAAUAAAUCCAAUGUUUCAAUCUCAUACAUUUUAACUAACUGAAUAUCGCUUGUUCCACAGCUAGCCAUAUUUUAUACAUUAAUGGGCUAUAUGUAGAAUUCAGAAUGUUAUUAGCGACACCUGUGGCCGUUAAGUGAACUUACUGCUCGUGCACACAUAACGUACAAGAGACAGAACGCGAUGCCCCGAUAUACUCGCGCAAAGACUAUAGUUAAGUUAUAGAAAAACAAGAAUGGGAGAAACUGCAACGCGUAACAUGGCGGAAUACGUCCCGCCUUCCAAGUAAAAGAGCCAAUCGCUGAUUGAUAAAGUCAUUGCGUCACUGCAUAGCCGUUAGAAGAAGCUCCGGGACUGCACAUGCGCAUUGGCUCGUCUAGCCUGAAUUUUUUUUUUUUUUUUUUUUUUUUUUUUAUAGCGCUAUUUGAGCAUGUCAGAUUUUGUCAGCAUUUUUUGAGAUUUCAGGAUUCCCCUAUUAAGAUAGAUAGGAUUUGGUCUUGGAUGCCCGAAAUGGCUGCCCGGAGGUGUUGCAAAUAUGGCCGCCGAGUGAACAGACUUUUCUUUAAAAGGGACUUUGACUCACGGCGAAGUUCUUUUUCAUUCUUUGCUUAAAGUAAAAAGAAGUUGUUAAUACCUUGGCUUUGCAGUGACAAAACGAACAUCCGACGCCAUCCACGCUGAGAGCGACGUUUAGAUGAAUAUGUAAAUUGCUGCGCUUUCUUCUCAAUAACGAAACAAACACACGAAAAAAAAAUACAGCUUUGAAACAUCAGUUCAGAAAGCAUGUGAUCGUAACGAUGUGGAUAUGUUUGCGCGAGCUCACCGGCAUCAUGUGGACAGAUGAGGUAAUUAAAAUUACACCGUUAUGAUAGUUUGAUUAUAAAGUAUAUUUUAGACUAUAGACUAUAUAAAUCUGGCUAUGUGAGACUAUAGUUUGAAUUAAUCCCUUUUCUUUGCAUGACUUAUUGUGAUUACAGUACAGAAUAGCUCUUCCGGCAUUAUCGGCGCGCAUAAACAUCACAUUCUUUUGAUUUUCCCGGCAAAAACGUCCCGAGUUUUUUACAUUUAAAAAAAUCAGUCUUCGGGCGUUCACAGACAACCUAGGAAGUCGGGGAAGGUCUCGUUUUUUAAGUUUACUUACAAGCUGUUACCACAAAAAGCGAUUAAUGCAUGAACAUUCUUACAUAUAGGCCUAGCCUCUUUAACUGAAUAAGUUUUAGUAGAUACUGAUUCUAAGCAAUUUGAUUAAAUGCAUUUAGAAAAUAUGAUUAUUUAAAUCAAAUUAAAUGUAUGCAAAUAUUUAAUACUGACUGACAAAUAUGCAUUGCAUUAAGGUUAUUAGGUUAUUGUUAAAACUGUGUAAUCUAAAUGCAUGGAAAAUUUACUUCAAUUCAAAUACAUUUAUAUUAAAGAUUAAGCCUAAACAUGUUCGCAACAUGCACAAUGUCAGUUUUUCUACUUUAUUUUUCAGGUUCAAAAAGACACUCCAGCAAAAGCCUAGUAUUGACAAGUGUGGUACAUCUGUACUUUUGCAUUGCUUCAGACAUGCUAGUGUUCUUGUCCUUCAGUAAAUUUUGAACAUCUGAAGUUGUAUUUUGCCAGUGCUAAAGAUGUUUGACUAAUUCUCUCCUUGUGCCACAUCAUGUUGUUGUAGCCAAUUGAAUUACUAUGAUUGCAGUGGAAAAGAUGAUGUUUUCCUCUUGGUUGUUCAUAAUGUACAUACUUGUUCUUGCUUUUAUGAACUGAUUUUUUUUUAGUCAAAUGCAGAACUGAACUGUAAGCGAUCUUUUCCAUCCUCAGAAAGCAACCCUGGGCAGUGUCAUCUCUGUUUAUUUAAGUGCUCCUCACAUGGAGGAUUGUGAGAUAAAGAUUAUUUGACGCAAACAGCAACGUACAACUGGUCUUUGCUGAUUUCUCAACGUGUUGGUCGUGCGCAGCAGGUCGACGCAUCUGCGCUUUGUGCUUCGUGUCAUGGGGGGGAAACGUUUUCUUUCUGUCACUUGAGUGUGAUUUCAAUAAAGAGAGUCGCUCAAAUCAUCCUCUAUCCACUGCCAGAUGAAGCUCGCUGACAUUUUCACAUCAGUAAAUUGGAUCAAUCCAACUUUAACACACACAAACCAACAAUGAAGGGUUGCACUGCAUAUAAUCAGUGUUUCUGUCAUGUUUUCAGGUAAAAAAAAAUAUCUUUAAAAUUUACGUUUGUGAUGAGUUUGGGGUUAGACUACCUGUUCAUUGGAAAAUAAGGGAAACUUGUUUGAAAACAGUCAUUAUUUGUGUCCUUUAGACACGCUUCACCUUUAAAACAAGAUGCAUUUACUUGAGAAGCUAAAUUGCAUAUUAGCAUAUCUUUAAUAGUUAAUUUUUUCUUAUAUUGGCAAAUAGUUUUUUCUUAAUUUACGCAUACAAAUUUUUUAAGAAACAAAUGCAAGGGAUAUUCUCUGAAAACAGGUCUACUGAAUAUGCAAACCCUAUAAUAGUCUUCCAUAUGAGUUUGUUUUUGACGGUUAACUUUCACAUCAUAUAAGGUGAGAAAAAAAAUGGAAUGAGGUAAAAGAAAGUCAAAACAAGAUGACAAAUGUAAUCCCAGAUUUAACAGCUUCAUAAUUAUGAGCAUGUCCAAGCACAACACAGCGAUACAGGAGGAAUGAAAUAUCAACAAAUCACACCGAAUAAGUCAAGCCGGUUUCUGUGUUUCUUUGCCGUCGAGCUUGUGCAGUGGUUUAAACAUGUUUAUAGACGUAAUGGUGAUUAUUUAUGAACCGUGGCCUUUUUAUUCUUGUUACUUGUGAUGCAACUAAGUGAAAAAUCGUGACCAUCAGAGAAUCACCGUGUACCAGUGCCUGGAUUUUUGUUAUAAAGCUUCUUUUGUCUAGUGCAUUUUUGCUAUGAAAUAGACGAGUGCAGCCUAUUCUAAAGAAAAAUGUCAAGUACAUUUCAAAUCAAACUAUAUUUGGCGUAUAUUUUACAGUUUGCGAUCCUUUUAUACCAGUGAUGUUGACAAAAUAAGAGAAAACUACACCAACAGUGCACACGUCUGAAUCAAGACUUCCACUUUGUAGAUUUUUUGAAAUCAUUCAGAGUAAAAGUUUACUUUAUUUUGCUAUUUAAAGUGUUGAUUUCGAGACGAAGGAUGAGUUGAUGUGUUUGAUGGGAGAAACGUGUGUCGUCCAGCCAGAAGCAGUGAUUCAAAACUCACACUAAAGGCCCUUUCACACCAAAAACGAUAACUAUAUUAGCGUCCACAGCAGAGGAUAUUGUUCUGCUUGUUGUAAGCGCGCCACCAUUUUGUCGUCUGUCGCUUUAAAUACUCGCGCUCUUUAAGGGAUUCUUCUGAUUGGCUGUCAAUGUUUUUAUCGUUCAUCAGCUGGAAAUGAAAUCAUUCUGAAAGUGAUUCCAACGAUAUAGUUCCUCUGUGUCUUUAUCGUUAUAGUUCAGAUCAAUUUUCAGAACUAUAUCUUUAUCGUUUUCUUUAUAGUUAUCAUUCUUGGUGUGAACAGGCCUUUACACGUCCUGUCAAAUAUGUGUCGCAAUGUGUGUGUGUGUGUGUGUGUGUUUAUUCAUUUUUUUUCUGAUUUAUUUUUUUAUUUGUUUUAUGUCGUAAUUGUUAUUUCAGACAGCGUCUGAGCAGGUUUUGUGCAAGAGUGUCGUUUUCUCUAAAGUUCAUCCUCCAUCUUCACCUGUUUGUUCUCAUCCUGUAAUGAUUUCAUGUACACGACCGUCUGUAGCAAUAAAUGUGCCAUUUUUAUGA